CUCUCACUGUAGCUAUUUAUCUCUUGAUUGAUUUUGUCUGUUUGUGUCUUAGAGACAGGGUUUCCAUGUGUAGCUCUGGUUGUGAUGACCGGGCUGGCCUUGAAUUUAGAGAGAAACCUGUUUCUGCCUCUGGAGUGCUGGGAUUAAGGGCGUGCACCGCCACACCUGGCGGUCAUUUUAUUCUUAAAUUGGGAGAUGUUGACUGUUUCCUGUGGGCGGUGCUGAGAGUUGCCACAGUGGAACUGCCAUGAGGCCUGUGUCUUUCUUCUGAGAUGGGCCAGUCUGCUCUGAAAUGCAGUCUAGUAGAAAUGAUACCGAAGAUCAACCUGGUAACUCAAAAGUGCCUGAUGCUCCUGGUCAUGGCUUCGUCCCUCCACCGGGUCCCCCAGUUCCCCCUGUGGACCCAAGGAGCCAGUUGAUGGGAAGGGCCUGCCCCUUCCCCCCACCUUCUCCAAGAAACAUCUGUGGAGCUCCUCCAGAUUAUUAUUCUCCACCUAACGACUUCCCUGGCCCACCACGUCUUCCAUACCCAGGGAGAAAUGUGUACCCACCGAGGGGCUUUCCACCUUCCCUUAUCCCAGGAGCUAGGUUCUUCCCCCGACCCCCACAUCCUGAAAGCAGACAUGAGCUCCCUUCAGACUUGAUUUCACCUUCAAAUGAACCUGCAGAGGAACUUCAGAAACCUAAGAGACGUCGGGUGUCAUUUUCUUCCUAUAUUGAGUUUAAAUAACUCCUAUUACCUAUGCAAUUAUUUUUUGCUCAAAUUGAAGCUUAAUGGAAUUAUAAUUCUCAGGAUAGUAUUUUGUAAAUAAAUAUGAUUUAAAUAUGAAUCUUAUGAGUAAAUUAUUUCCAUUUUAUUUUAUUCUGAAUAGUAUAUUUUACUUUGAUUACCUCAUCCAUAAUUAUGGUAGUUUUAUAUAUGUAAUCUUAUAGUUGGAGAUAUCUUAAACUCAAAAGGCUGUGUCUUUAUACCAAGAAUGUGUUCACCGUGGUUGUAGACAAAUGUAAAAGUAACUUUAUGUAUAAUGAAAUAAAUUUUAAUUGAUUUAAA